AUGUUCCGACCUGAUUACUGGUCCGACGACCCCAUGGACGGCAUUAUGGGAGGUGGCAUGCUCCGAGGAGGGGCUGCUGCUCGCCGUUUUGAUGAAUAUUAUCGAUGCUACCCUGUCGCGAUGCUUCCUGGCCCCGAGAGAGAGAAUGUCAAUCACGGCGGCAAGGUUAUUAUGCCUCCUAGUGCACUAGACAAACUUACCCGCCUUCAUAUCACCUAUCCCAUGCUCUUUGAGCUUCACAACGGGGCCAGAGAGAGAAUGUCACAUGCUGGUGUCCUGGAAUUCAUUGCGGAGGAAGGCAAAAUUUAUCUCCCAUUUUGGUUGAUGCAAACACUACUGCUUGAACCUGGCGAUCUGCUUCAGAUCAAGUCCACAGAUCUUCCUCCCGGUCAAUUUAUCAAGCUCCAGGCACAGUCAACUGCAAUCCUCGACAUUAGUGACCCAAAGGCUGUCCUCGAAAACGCUUUCCGCAAUUUCUCCUGCCUUACCAAGGGUGACGUUUUUACAUUCGCCUAUAACGAGCAGGUUUAUGAAAUGGCAGUUCUAGAGACGAAGCCCGCAGGCUCCAAGAAUGCGAUCUCUGUCCUGGAAACCGACCUGGAAGUUGACUUUGCCACUCCAGUUGGAUACGAGGAACCACAACGUAUCAGCGGUACCAGCACUCCGGGGAGCGUGGUCAAGCUUCCCGCCGGUGGACUUCUGCACCCCCACGGCACCAUGGCGCAAGCUAUCAACUAUGCCGCUAUCGCUCCCGAUUCUACAGACGCUGCUGCUGGUGCCCGGGCUACAUCCUCCAACUUUUUGUCUGAGGGACAACGCCUCAACGCAAAGAAGGGUAGCAAGGCGCCUACUCCGAAGGCUUCUACCCCCACACCAGGGGCCACAAAUCCCUCACACCCGCCGCCAGUGCGCAGAACUAACGGCCCCCAACCACUUCGUCUCCCACCCAACCAACUCUUCUUCGGCUACGAACUCAAACCGGCAAAGCCUCGCGAUGAGAAUGGACAAGUUGUUAUCCCCGAGGGUCAACCCACAUUCCAGGGCAUCGGUCAGACAUUAAGAGGAAAGAAGAAGGACCUCGGUGGUUCGGCCACUCCCACAUCUGGCAGCGAAGCCGAGAGCCAGAAAGGCAAAGGGAAUAACAAUGGACGAACUCUGGGAAACAGCAAGCGUUAA